UUUCCCAAUUCCGCCAAAUCUCCCACCCCCAUCCCCCGAAAAAGGAAAAAGCCCCAAGACUUCAGCUUACAGUUCGUAUAAACCUAAUAAGCCCGAAGACUUCUCUAACAGUUCCUAAACCUUUGUUUUGAACGAAUUAGCAGAGAACUGCCACGACAAAUUCAAAUAAUUAGAGUUCGUGAAAUUCAGCGAAUUAGCCAACGAAGCUACUCGUCACCUCCAUUGACAACAGCUGCUCAUCUUUGAGGUUCUUCUCAUCAUGGUCAGUCGCCUAUUAUACUUGAUUGUUCACAGCAUUUACAGUCACAAGGAGGUUUUCUUGCGAGAGCUUGUGAGGUUGACAUGAAUCCAUCAAAAUAUCAUAAGUCUAAAAUGGAAUCAAGUUCGAAGAUUGUUAAGCAUAUGUACGUUCCACCUGGUACCUUAGCAAGGGGGCGAAGACAGAGCUUUAGAGCAUUGGGUUCUGUAAGAGUAAAUGCUGAACAACGAGGUGAUACUCUUUUUUCUCAUGAAGAAGAAGAGAUGUGGGACACUCGGAGAAGUGAAAUAAGGCUUUUUGAAUUUGAAAAGGUAAAAAAACUGAGAGGAACAAAUUGGUGUAAAAAUGUUGCAGAACUCAAAGUUGGAGAAAAUGUUGCGCCUCCUAGUUUUGAUCAAACAUUUGAAGGUGAUACUCUUUUUCCUCAUGAAGAAGAAGAGAUGCAGGGCACUCAGAGAAGUGAAAUAAGUAUUUUAUUAUCUCAAGCUAUAAGACUUUUUCGUUGUUAUUGUAUAAGAACUAUUUUUAUAUUUGACUUAAAUUGGAAUUUGCAUGGCUUUGUUGUUACGCCUCGCAGUAUUACGUCGAUGUUAUGCUCUACAGUAAUAUAUUACGAUGAUGUUACCAUCUGCAGUAGUAUAUUACGAUGAUACUACAUCCUGCAGUAUUACACUACGGUGAUGUUACGCUUCACAAUAUUAAGUUACGACAGUGUUGCACCUA